AUGGCCAACCCUCCACCAACACCGCCCGUUUUCCGGGACCCCUGGGCCAAGCGGGAAGCCUGGAGGAAGCACCCGGUAUUCUCCAGACGCGCGAUGUUCAGCAACCUCUUUCCCGGGUUUGGCGUGGCAGUAGUCGCCUUCACCACCUACGUGAUUGUGGACAAUAUGUUCCUCAGUGCGAAGCCUGAGUCGCACCACUGA